AUGUCCUGGCUGACGGAGAUUCCAUUGUCGAGAGAAGAAAGAGUGGGUCUCCAAGAUAUGUUUCAGUUGUCCGACGACAAUGGCCUGCAGAGGAAUUCCAUGAUGCAUAACUUUCGCUUCAUUUGCGAUCUCAGUGGGGAGUGGCACACAACUGAUGGAUUGACCCAGGUCCGAGCACAAGCUCCAAAAAGCAGCCCCGCCAAACCAGGCAAACAGGAAAUGGCAUGGAACAUACCCAGCAAAGUGUACACGUUUAUGAUGCUCAAGCAGCUGGUCAUGGAGAUGAGUUUCGUGGAGCAGCCGGAGAACAUUUUCAGGGAGCAGGAGUUGGCGAUUGAUAAGGAUUACCGCGAGGUACCGGACGUGGAGGCCCUGCAUAUGACGCCCAGAGAGCGCCUGAAUCGCCGGCUCAAGUCGUUCUAUGAUCAUCUGGAAGAAAUGUUCGUCGGCGACGAUCUCAACAUGGCCAACAUGGCCGUCGACGUGGUGUUCAACGGAAUCUCCCGCUUGGCCGAGCGCCGAAAUGAGUUGAUAACCAGCUGGCAAGCCAAAUAA